AACUCUGGACAGGUUCCCAGCAAUCACAUGUGUACUGUGUCGAACAGUUAUUUGGGACAGAAGGACAUAAGGGCAAUACUGACAUAUUGAUUCCACCGCCCAGCCACGCCAGACAGGAGGACGGGCAGAUUGCUUGUGGAUGCAGUAAUGGAGAGUGUAAACUAUGACCGAUUCAGCGGAUCGGAUACGGAGAAUCUCCAUCACAACCCAAGACUGGUCCCUCUAAAAGGUAGACAGAACAGAAUGGCAUAUAUCCUGUACGGCCUUUUGCUGCUUCUCUUACUCAUCCUCUUGAUGAUCACUGGAAUUAAAUUCUCUCAGCUGAGCCAGGGUAUUGAAGAUAUCAAGAUUUACCUGACUACAGCGAAAAGCUCCCCACUUCAUUCUCCAUUUUCUCAGUCUCCCCAGCAAGAACACACAGGCGAAGAAGAUUUUAUCCCACAUUUUUUUGAGGAGGAGCAAGGGGACUGUCACAGUGGCUGGCUGUCCUUUAAAGACCACUGCUACUACUUGUCCACACAGAAAACCAACUGGCACAGUGCAGAGCAGCGAUGCAUCGAGCAGAGUGGACUUCUGUUCGUGCCCAACACUUCAGAGGAGAUGGAGUACAUAACGGAAGUUGCGAAUGAGGCAGCCAUGUACUGGUUUGGGCUGGUGGAAUAUGGUCAGGAAGGCAACUGGACAUUGGUUGAUGGGACAGACUUCGAAACAGUACCAAAGUUUUGGGACAAUAAUCAACCAGAUGAUUGGCAUGUGCGUCUAAACGGAGAAGACUGUGCCCAGCUCCAUCCACAUAUUAAAAGGGGCCUUAGACGAUGGAAUGAUGCUGACUGCACCUUGGACUACUUAUACAUUUGUGAGGCUAAACUAAAAGGAUAAUAUGGAGUAUUAUGUCCAGGACAUCUGUGAUCACGUAUUCAUCAUAUCUCAAUGCAUAUGCAAUGCAUAUGCAAAUUAAAAAAUAUAUUUUUUGUGAAACUAAAUUUAUGUCAGUUAUGCAAUUUGUUGCAACUGUUAAAAUAAGGAGCAAACUGUAAAGCUGAAGAAAUUAUUUGCUGGUUUGUUUGAUAAUGCUCUUGUAGAUAAUUGGGUGUAUGCAAAGUGUACUUGUUUUGAAAUGAGAGAAAUGUGAAAUUAUUUCUACAUGCUGGCAGACUGAUUAUGACUCGCUUUGUAGCUUUCGCUACAAUGUACAAUACUUUCCCUGUAAUAAAACGUCCCCUGUAUUAAGACAAAGUGGAAAUACUUGUAUCCUACGACUAAAGGGGUGAAAAUGUA